UGUUGUUUUCGUAGUGUAAUUUUUUGAUUCAAUUUGAAUUGGAAAAAUUAAUCAAAGUUUCUAAUCAAUACCAAUAAUCAUUGAGAUAAAAGUGAUACAGAAAUAAUUGUUUUUCUCAAUAAAAAUUUAUCAAAAAUCAAAUAUCAAAUCCCUCUAAUUAUACAACCGAUUAGACCCAAAUUUAAGGAUGACCAACUCAUCGAAUAGGAAAUAUGAACAAUUCAUGGAGAGAUGAAACUAAACUGACUCUCUUGAUUAGUGGGACAAUUUAAGGUUAUCUCGACUGUUGAUUAAGCCUUUAAAUAUAUUAUUUUCCUUCGGCUACGAUUACAAUGUUUUCCUCUGUUCCUUUAACAAUCUCACUCCCAACUCUUCAGUUAUCAUAAUAGAUUUUUAUAUCCCAUCAACUUCACUGACAAGAAAAAUUUCAUCACCUUUGACAUUAGAAAUUAAUCGAAGUGAAAUCUCUAAUCGAAUUCUAUUGAUCAACCAACAUGGAUCAUGAUGAUUCUUCAGAAAAUGAACUUAACACUCAAUCUUCGAUAGAGAAACGGCCUCAAACAAGACCGAUUCAAUCAGAAGAUGAUAACCAACCAGGUGAAUUCAAAACAACAGUCGGAUCAAUAGAUGCUCUGUUGAAGAAACUGGAAGAAGAUGACAAAAUAUUGAAAGAAUUGGAAGAACUGGAAAAAAAAGAUCGAUUAACCAACAAGAAAUUAUCAUCAUCAUCAUCAACAUCAUCAACAUCAGCAACAAUUAGUAGCACAACAACAGCAUCAACAUCAACAAUAACUCCAACACUGACCAGUAGUAAUAAGGGAAGAUCAUCAACCUCGGUAACAUCAAUCGCAACAAAAGUUACUCCAUCAGUACCUUUAACGGUAUCAUCAUCAUCAACCUCAUCUUCAUCUUCAACGGUCAGCACUGUAUCCAAAUCAACAACCACCGAAAGGGAAACCCAAUAUGUUUCACCGUCUCCACCACCAUCCUUAUUAUCCGCUCCGCCGUUGACCCAAACCGCGGGUACGAACACAAUAUCAACCAAAUCCGUUUCAACUUCAACAAUAUCAACCAAUCCCUCAUCGGCAAUCAGUGAACGAGUGACACAAUUAAGUGACCAUUUUAACUCACCUUCAAGCCCAUUGAGUAGAUUUGGUCAAUUAGCAUUAGCAUCCUAUGGUAUUGGUUUGGCAGCAAGUGGAACCAGUGGAACCAGUGGGGUGGGAAAUUCGAUUAAUUUAUCAUCAUCUAUGCCAUCGUUGAUUGAUCAUCAACAAGCAUUACAAUUAAUAUCUGCACAAUUACAAGCCAAAGGACAAGGUUCAUCUAUAUCACCUCAUGAAUUGGAUAGAUUAAUGGAGAAAUUGGAACAUGAUAAUCGUAUUCUUGCUGAAUUAGAUCAAAAAUCUAAACGUAUCUCAUCAAAUUCAAGUGGCAUCUCAUCACCGGUGUUAUUAUCAUCCUCACUUCCCACCCUGACAGGAAUCAAUCAUCAUCCCGCUUUACUCCAAACUUUAUAUCCUCAACUUUUUCCUGCUUUACUUGCUGAUAGAAAUAUUUUGAUGCGAGAUAAUAAACGAUUGAUGCUACAAUCGAAUAACAAUUCACCAUUAUCAACCUACUAUGACGAUGACAUUGAACAAAUUCAGUUACUUCAAGCUCUCAUUAAAAUCCAGCAAGAAUUAGCCUUUGAUGCUGAAGAUAUAGCGGAUUGUAUUGAGGUACCAAAUCGAGGUCGAUGUUGGGUUUAUAUUGCCCGUUACUCGUAUGAUCCUUAUAAACAAUCACCUAAUGAGAAUCCUGAAUCUGAAUUACAUUUGGCUGCUGGUGAUUUUAUUCUGGUUUUUGGUGAUAUGGAUGAAGAUGGUUUCUAUUUUGGUGAACUAUUGGAUGGACGCCGAGGUCUUGUACCUUCAAAUUUCAUCGAAAAACUUGUCGGUGAAGAUUUAUUUGAAUUCCAAGCUUCGGUACUUUAUGAAGGACGAGAUGGUGAUGAGUCUACAUGCAGUUAUCCCCCUGAAUUUUAUGAUGCCCUAUUAGAUGAUGUUAUCGGCCAUUCCAAUUUCCAACACCUUAUUGCACCCGAGGACUUUCAUCGGAUGAAUGAUUAUAUUGAACUUUGUGAAUCUUCUGAUAUCGAUGAAGAGGAUUUGUCAGAUCCAGAACGAGCUCAAGCAAAUGCUGCAAAAGAUACAGUACCUCCACCGAAAAGGUUAAUUCUGGAGCGACAAUUACACAAGAGUAUUUUAUUAGGAUGGUUGAUCCCUGAUUGUCCUCGAAGUUAUAUCGAUAAUUAUCAAAUUUAUGUCGAUGGAGUUCUGAAAGUAACUGUACCAAGCAACGAGCGAACUCGAGCCUUAGUCGAAGGUGUUGACUCUUCAAUCCCUCAUAGAAUCAGUGUCAGAGCUAUUACACCUCAAGGAAGAGCUUCUAGAGAUGCAGCAUGUACCAUAGUUGUUGGUAAAAAUGUACCUUUCGCUCCGUGUUCUGUAAAGGCGACAAAUAUCACCGCAACUUCAGCACUGAUUAACUGGUUACCUUCAAAUAGUAAUUUUUAUCAUGUUGUUGCCGUUAACUCGGUUGAGGUAAAAACGGUCGGUCCAAGUACAUAUAAACAUUUGAUCACUGGACUAACACCAAAUACAAUGUAUCGAGUUUCAGUUCGUGCUAAACCCGGUAAACUUUUAUGCUCAGAGGAGAAAAAUCCGAAAAAAUUGGAAAUGCUCACAACUUUUGUCGACUUUCGAACUCUACCCAAAAGUCUCCCUGAACCUCCGGUCGAUGUACAAAUUGAAUCUGGACCUCAGGACGGAACUUUACUUGUUACCUGGCUUCCGGUCACUUUAGACCAGUUCGGUACAUCUAAUGGUUGCCCAGUAACUGGUUAUGCUGUUUUUUCAUCACAUAAAAAACUUGCUGAAAUCGAUAGUCCAACAAGUGAUCAUGCACUUCUUGAUAUCUCACAAGUUGAAAGUUUUCAUAAAAAGCCGAUCACUGUUCGUACCAAAUCGGGUGAAAAUUUGUCCCAAGAUUCAAUUCCAUGUCACAUCCCAGAGGAGUUGAUUAAAUUCACUAACCUGGCCAAUCAAAUUGGCAAUAAUAACAUUAACCAACGAAAGCAAUCAAUUAAUAGUAAUUAUUUACCUGGCCAAUUCAGAGUAAAUCAAACUUAUAUGAUUAAAAAUCAAUCUGACUCUGAAUCUGAAACUGAAAUGAAUCAAUUAAUUAACAACGUUGCUCGUCGAUCAUCAAUUUUGUUUGAUCCAGUUACAAACCAGACUCAAAACAGCCCCGCUUCAAUGAGAGGACCUGGAAUGGUUCAAAACCGAGGUCAACCCCGAAUGAUACAACAAUCAAAUCAACCUGGUCAAUUGCGACAAGCAACACCACAACCACAGCAAUUUCAUCAACAACAGUCUCGCAAUUUAUCCCAAUCACAACAUCCUUAUCAGAAUCAAGUUGCUAAUCAACAAAAUCCAGUUAAUCGUAAUCAACAACAUAUGCAAGGUCCUAAUAAUCAAUUACAACAAUCUAAUCAAACAAAUAUGCACAUUCCAUCCAUUGCAAUUACCAAGGAUAUGCAUCAAAAUGGUAAAAAAACAAUGAGCCAACCAGCUAAUCGUCUUGGUGGACCAUCACCUCAACCACCACAGCGAAAUCGCCAAUAUACUGACCAUGAAAGGUCACACUUUGGCCAAGGACGAGGAGCCAUAGGUCCAAGUGGACCACAGUCCAAAGUAAUGGGACCUAAUCGACCACAAUCCCAACAACAACAGCAACAACAUCAGCCAAUUGGACAACGAGAUAUCCGUUAUUUUGUUGCGCUCUAUGAUUAUGAUCCACUUACAAUGUCUCCGAAUCCUGAUGCAGCUAAUGAAGAGUUACCAUUUCGUGAAGGUGAUAUAAUUAAGAUUUAUGGUGAUAAAGAUCCUGAUGGUUUCUAUCGAGGUGAAUUGAAUGAUCGUAUUGGUUUCGUGCCUUGUAAUAUGGUCUCUGAGGUUCAAUAUGAUCCGGAAACUGGACAACCAGUCCGAAUGGGCAGUGGACUAAGUGUUGCAGGAGGAGGAGGGGUAGGACCAAAAGAGAGUGACCCAUGGGCACAUUUACCUGUAAAGAAAAUGAUUGCUCUCUAUGAUUAUGAUCCACAAGAGCUUUCACCUAAUCCCGAUACUGAGAUGGAAUUAGCUUUUCAUGCCGGUGACACCAUCUACGUUUACGGUGACCUGGAUGAAGAUGGUUUCUAUAUGGGCGAGUUGAACGGUAAUCGAGGUCUAGUUCCGUCAAAUUUUAUGACCGAGGCAUUGACCGAAGGGACAAAUCGACAUGGUUUCCAGAAUCACCCAAUAAACAGAGGAUCAUCAACCGGAGAUCCUCGGCAAUCAAUGUCACUCCAACAGGUCAACCAACAGCAACAAUUUCAGUCUCACCAUCAAACUGGACAUCAACAACAAUCAACAGCCAUAAAUCAACAACAGCAACAAUUGCAUCAUCAUCAUCAACAAUCAAUUCAUCCACAUCUACAACAGCAACAACAACAACAACAACAACAGGGUUUCCAAUCACAACAGAAUCCGCAAGGUCAAGGGUACGGUCAGCAUCAAUUUCGGGGUCAACAGCAAACAAUUACUUCCAAUCAUCAUCAUCAACAGAAAUUGGGACAACAAGCAUCGGUCAACAAUCUAACUCCCAUUGGUCAACAACAGCACCAACAACAAGGUAUGAGACCUCAAGGUAAUUUCGCCAAUGUAAAUCAACCGGUUCACAAUCAACAACAAUUAGGACCACAACAAAGACCUAAUAGUCUUGAAUUGCGAUCAAAUCAACAAUUAAUUGGAAAUCAACAGCAAUUAAUGAAUAAUCAACAGCAACAACAAUUAAACCAGAUGGGACAGCAACACACAUUUAAUCAACAAAAUCAACAGCAAAAAGUUUUACAACAACAACAUCUUCAUCAGAAUCCCAAUCAAAUGAAUCAACAUUUACCACAACAAUCAACUAAUCCAAUUUCCAAUUUACUUAAUAGCGGUAAACAAAUGAUAGCCGAGGCAACGACACCAAGAAUUGGUCAACAACCUUCAAACUUUGAUUCUCAUGGUCAACAAUCAAUUAUGAACCAUCAUCCAAAUCAACAACAACAAUCGCAACAAUUACAUGGACAGAAUCAAAUUAAUCAUCUUAAUCAACAAGGAUCAAAUAUUCAUAAUAACAAUGGUAGAUUUAAUUCUGGUCUUAAUCAACAGCCCCAACAAUUAGGUCAACAACAAAAUUAUUCUGGUCAACAGCAACAAUCAAAUCAACAAUCAAGACAAUUUAGUUACACCGGUAACACAAAUACUACUGGUCAAGGGCCAAUGAUGGGUUUAAUGUCCGGUCAACAACAACAAGUUCAAGGUCAAGGUCAAAAUCAACAAGGUCCAACAUUAUCUGGUGCAUUAGGAGCAGUUAAAAGUAUCUUCAAAAUUUAAUUACAAUUAAACAUCAACUGUGAACAAUUAACUGUUACUCUAUUGGAUUGAAACAAUUGAUUAAUUGUUCCCAUUUAAUAUUAAUUCAGUUGUGUGUUUCUGUGUGAUUUUAUGUGUCUAUGUUUGGAUUUGAUUGUUUGCCUUGUGUUUUAAUUGUUAUUCAGAAAGAAAAGUGUUGAUCAUUUAUGAUUAGUUGAUUGUAAAGAAAUUUAAUUGUAAAUGAAGCUUUUGUUGUGCCUUAGAUUUUAAAUUGUUAAGCAAAAAAAUAAUAUAAAAUCAAGAUCAAAUUUAUCAUUAUAUUAAUUGUUACCAACAUGACGAUUUGAUUAAUGAUUCAACAAUUAACCAAAAUAUUUCAGAUGAAACAAUUAAAUUGAUUGUAUAAUCUGUUAAUUGUUAGGAAAUCUUUUUAUUUUUCACUCUUUUUCCUCCCUGUCGAUGGUUAAUUGUUAACCUUUCAUUAAUUCAUCAUUUUAAUUAAUCAAUUUUCCGUUUGUUGCCUUUUCUUAAUUGUAGUUUAAUUAAAAAACAACCAUGAUACAAACAACAAUUCCCAAUGCAAACAAUUGUAAUCAUUAUGAUUAAUUAACUUUAAUUUUAAUGAAUUGUCUAUAAAUAUUAUAAAUAUAAUGUAUUAAUUAAUCGUCAACAAUUUAGGUGUUGAUCAUUAAUUGUUUUUCCUCAUCAACAUCAUUUCCUGAGUCUCUGGUUGUGCUGAUCAAGUUGAAAAUUAUUCACAACAAUUAACUAAUCACUAAACUCUGUUCCCAAGCGACACAAGCACGAAUACAAUUUAUAAAUAUAUUCAACUGCCUGUUAAUCAUUUUGAUCAAUUUAAAUGAAAAAAAAUACCAAAAAUAUCAAUCGAUUAAUUAAUUUAUCCAAUAGUUGAUGAUUUCUGUUAAUUGAUUAAUUGGAAUCAAAGUUAACUAACUUUUCAAUUGUUAACUUCAUAAGAGAUGAUUAAUAUUAUGUAAAAAAGACAAACAAUUAAGAACCUUAAAUUUGUGGUUAAUUAACAGACACAGAAUUAUUUUACCUCCUGAAAAUCACAAUUAGAGAAGAUUAAAAAAUAAAUUGUAAUGUAAAAAAUUAAGAAAAAUAAUUGCAAUUAACUUUAAAUUGUUUCGAUUCUUUUUCUUUUUAAAUCAACAUUCAACUUCUUAUUGUAAUUAUAAAUUAUAAUACCUAAGAACUCAUAUGAUUAAUAAACUAUUUUUCUCUUUUCCUCCGAAAU